AUUGUUGAAGAUUGAGCGGAGCAACUGUUCGUCAUAUCUGAACUAACCUUCAUUCCAACUCACACAGCAACGAGAGGUAUGAUGGGAGCCAGACAGCCGGUGUUGCGACCUAUUUGACAUGAACUAUAUUGUAAUGAUGAUCUGCGGGGGUCCAUAAACGCCAACUCUAUGGCUUGAAAUAACUCGAGUUGGUAUCAUCGGUCGAUGCUCAGUGAACCUUGAGCUUGAGCUUUAUCGGCGUCCAUUCAUUUGCACCUAGCUUCCCGAUCCAGGUCACCUCGACAUCCAAUUCCCACCUAGCAAAUCUAAUCAAUUAUAUAGUAUAGUGGUCAUCCAUACCGUCUUCAUUUAAAUUAUUAUUCCAGAUGAUCUCUAUUUAGGCUCUCCAUGAUAUCUUCACCAUUCCCAUGAAACAUGUAUCCCAUCUCUCAACCUGGCGAAUUCGAUUCUCAACCCUUGACCUACCCUCAUGACGCUAGCUUCCACCUUCCUCCAAGUUCAGACUACAUCAAUAUUGGUAUCGCCAGACGACAAUCCGCAGACACCUAUGGUAUAGCUCAGGAUACGUCAAUCACCUUGAAUUAUUCAUAUCCGCCUGUUUCAUACGACUACCCAGAGAUACAGACACAGGUGCAUUUACAUGCACCAGUCCCAGUGCCUGCUUCCUACGGCCCACCUCACCUCGAAAACUCUUCUCGUCAACAUACUCCGCCAUAUCUGGAGCAACCAUACUAUGAAGGUACAAACAAUCAUCACGUCCCCUACCCCCCAUCUUUAAAUCAAGCCCUCCAACUGCCCACCGGCGCCAGCACUACUAAUACCAAUAUCCUCGAUUAUUAUGCAAAUGCGCCGCAACUUCUUUUCCCAACCCCCUCAGAGCUUCUCACAGACCUUUCAACAGCGUCUACUCCGAUAUCUACGGCUCUCUCCUCAUCCUUGCCCUCGGCUCAACGUGAGCAAUCUCAAAGUAGCGAACAUAGCGAUGAGGCUCCUGCCUCCGCUGCACCUACCACAAGUAAGACAGAAAGUCAACGCAAGGCACGACAACGUGCUGUCGCCGAAGAGAUUGGUUUUAUUCCGACCGAUCCAGAUACUAUUUCAUCACAUGAGAAAAAACGCCACUAUUUAGAGUGUCUUGAACACUAUGUUUUGUAUUUGCACGAACAACUGCGUCUCGUCGACACUGCUCCGCUUUCGCUCGAGCGCGUUUCUACGUACCGCGGCCUAAGCUCUCGCAGCAUCAGAACCUUGCUGGUGCACAUGCAGAACACCAACCGUCGCCUUCAUGAAAAUACGCUGGACGAAGAGCAAGUGUUUCUGGAUCUCUCCACUGAAGUAAUGGUCGCGCACGGGGCAGGCUUUCCUAUUAGGCGACACUCGGUUGAUAUCAUCGAUCAGACAACUAGCAGCUACCAGUCUGGUUCCGCGAAUAUCGGCGCUACCAGAGAUGGUGAUCGUGUAUUUUUAGGGUCCGGGAUGGCGUCGAGCGGUGUGGACCAACGUCACCUCGUCUCAGAGUAAUACAGAUGACAGAUUGCCAUUCAACCCCCUGGGUUUUUCCAGUCAAGGUCGUUUGGUUCCCAUUCAAAAAAUUCCCUGUCUUUGCGAUACCUCCUUCGCAUUGAUAUCUCUUGUA